AGGAAGCCCUGUAAGCCGAGCUCAUGGCGGUCGGAAUGUCAAAAAGCUGUAAGAGGCCCUGUGUAAGGAAGUGAACACCUGUGGCGCCAUGGGUUGGACAUGUGGAGACAGGUGGCGGUAGUCCUCUUCUUUCCUGAUGGGAAGAGUGCUCCAGCGGAUCCGAUUUUGAUUUUAAUCAUGUCCUAGUACUGUUGGAGGAAUCUGAGCAACAGCAUAUGGGAAAGCUGAGCCGGUCGAGAUAGGUGACGACGACACAAUGUUUGCAGUUCAAUUUUCCUUGGUCGUAUGGUUUUUGAAGUUUUUAGGACAGAUUCUCCAGAGACUGGCAUUGCCUCAGUAGAGUAGAGUUUAGGUUGCAGCGGAUUCUCCCAGAGGUGGCGCUGUAGUUUGUUAAUUUCGGAAUUUCUGAGGGUGGAAGCUGCCGAAUGAGUUGAGGGCUCCGAAUACAGAUACACACAUCGAUACAUGUAGGGGCUCUUGCGAGGAAUUUGCAAAGUGAACGAAGAGAUUUGUGGCUGGUGGUGGUGCUGCGGGUUGCUGUGAAUGGUUUUCUGCGGGUAGCAAGAAAUGGAUUGCGAUUUUUCUGAAGUAUCAUGGAGAAGUAUGCCCGCCCAUCAAGCAUCGCUGGAUCAAAAUCUGUGAAGUCGUUCUUUUUAUCGGCCGAAGGUGGGGGGUGUUGAGGAGCCGAUUGACGCGGUUUUAGAGUUUUGAAGGAAUGGCUUCAGAAAGUUCUCAGAACUCGAGGGGUUCUGCGCAUGGUUCACGAGGGAUAGAAGAUGAGUGGCAGCAGGUGGACAUGGCAACCUCGUUGCCUCCUCCGGACGAUGGAGCCUUCAACUCGGCAAGAGGAGACUACCACCGCACAUCACCAUCUCGAAAAGAACUCCUUAGUAUAGUACGCAAGCAACCUGGAGGAAUCGGAUCAGGGGAUUUUACAAAUCAGGAACCAGAAGCAGGGCCGGAUGCGCAUUUUUGGCAGCAAAUGUUGGAUAUGUACUUUGUGCGAGGUUUGGUGGAGUUGAAAGCUGAGAAAAAAUCUGAUGAAGAUGAUGACUUAAUUUUUUUUGUCAGUUUAGAGGGUGUCCAACACGGAAAUGGGCAAUUUAGUGAGUCAAAUGAUUCAGAAAUGCAGCCCUAUUUCGUUAGAAGGUGGGCACCUGAGUUGGAGAAAGUUCUUGGAAAUAGUUUCUGGGAGGUUGAUUGGAGUCGCUCUUUUUACCUGAACUUGAUUGCACAUACAUCCUUCUCCCUCACAAUUGCCAUCUGCAGUCGCGAAAAUCUCAAAAAUCAUCAACAUGGAUCUGGGGCUUCUUUGACACCAAUAUAUAAGGUCACGAAAACUGUUUAUGCCUCACCAAGUCGAACGAAUUUUCAGCCUGAUUCGAAGGCAACCGAGACAGUGGCAGCAUACCCAGACAUCUGCUUUGUUGUUGAUGACUAUGAUUUUACAUUCAACGAUGUGGUGUUGACAGAAGCCGACCACUGCUACUGUGUACUCUUGAAUGCACGUGGUGGUGCUGCAUUUCCUACCGAUGAGGAGGACAGUCCAGAAGAUCAUAGGACUAGUCGUGAAGCAAGAAUGCUGGGAGAAGUGCCUCAAGGGUCGACCUCACCAAAGGUGACCUUGUUUUCAGGGUUUGUGAAUUAUGAUAUGGUGCGCAAUGCAUUUGAAGGAGGGAAGCGACCCAAGUUUGAAGAUAUCUUCCACAUGGGCGAAAUAAAGUCGAAAUCCGAGCGGCUAAUUAUGCGCGGACCUGGUGGACGUGGAGAAGUCGAAGUUGCUGUCUCGGCUGUCGCAACCCAUAUUGAUGUUCAACAAAUCGACAAACCACCUCCAUCGCCAACGCAACCUCGCGCGAAGCUUGCCUUGGGCUCAAUCAUGCGCAAGGCCGCUGUGGUUGCAUCAGCUGUAGCAAAAAAUGUUGCUGCUGCUGCUUCUGACAAUGGAGGAGGAUGGGCCGAAGGAGAGUUAAUACCUCUUCGCUGCUGUCUAAUGUCCCUCUCUCUGCCAUGGGACACCCUCGCACGGGACCUGCUGUUCAAAGAACUGGCAAAACAAGAUCGAUGAUUCGAGCGAGAAAAUGUGAUCGCUGCCUAGUAGACAUCAAACAACUGAGGUUCCUCUUUCUAUUUGUAGAUAUGUAUCACUGUAUUGAUUUUCACAGCUACAAAUGUAGCAUUGUUUACAUAGUUGAUAUCCUCAUACUAUCAAUACAAUUUGCUCAAUAUUUUUUGAGCAGUCGUGUCUUGAAUUGCCACGUCCACCUCAUUAGACAAACUCUCAUAUGAACCUUUUCCAAACUCGUCCUCGAGUUUCCACCUCACUGUUGAUUGAUAACCACAACUUGGUGACGAUGUGUUGAAGAUUCACUCUCCUAAGACGCAUGCAUAUUUUGUGUGCCGCCACAUAGGUUCUUACAGCUGGGGGUCACAAAUCUUGCCCUUGAUGACUUAUGCACAGGCAUGGUUAUAUUAGUCGGUCGCCUGUAAUUAAUUAGUUAAUUUAGUCGCAUUAAGAAAGUUUAUUGAGGUAAUGUAGGCGCUUUUGUGCUAAUAGUCGCCUCGAGUGCACUUAAGAAGAGUGAGGGGUUCGGAGGUAACGGGAGAGAGAGGGUAAUGUCUGCGAUCGUGCCGUGAGUAGGGUUGGAGGCACAACCUCAAAGGGCAUGCCCGA